CACGGGCAGAGCGGGCUUUUCGCAGGAGCAAGAGAAGCUAGGCGGUGCCGUCAGUCAGCGAUCGCGGCUGGAGCGGGUCAGUGGGGCCGGGUGUUGUGGGCGCGCGCUCCGGGGUUGUGGUGCCGCGAGGACGCGCCUGACACCCCGGAGGAGCCCCUCGACCUCCUUCACGGCCGCCACAGGCUCCACGUCAGCCCGGAGCAGGUUCCUCCUUGCAGCCCGCGGGGUCCUCCCUGAGGGAUCUGGCGCGUCCCCAGAGUCCGCAGUAGCCGCUCCAUUCUGCAGUUGCUGGAUUACCUAACACUUCUUUACCAAGCAUCGGAGAAAUACUGUAGAGAAAAUGCCCGUUGAAUACAAAAGGAGACCAACUUUUUGGGAAAUAUUUAAGGCGAGAUGCAGCACAGCAGAUUUAGGACCAAUAAGCCUCAAUUGGUUUGAAGAACUUUCUUCAGAAGCCCCACCAUAUAAUUCUGAACCUCCAGAAGAAUCUGAAUAUAAGCCUCACAGUUAUGAACCACAGCUGUUUAAAACACCACAGAGGAAUCCCUCUUAUCAUCAGUUUGCUUCGACUCCAAUAAUGUUCCAAGAACGAAGUCAAACUCUACCACUAGACCAGUCACCUUUCAAAGAAUUAGGGAAGGUUGUUGCAAGUAGUAAAUGUAAGAAUCACAGCAAAAAGAUGGCCAGAAUGGACCCUGUGGUGGAUGUUGCCAGUCCACCUCUGAAAUCUUGUCUCAGUGAAAGCCCUCUUACUCUGCGGUGCACACAGGCAGUACCACAACGAGAAAAGCCAGUGGUAUCUGGAAGUUUAUUUUAUACACCAAGACUCAAGGAGGGUCAGACACCAAAACCUAUUUCUGAGAGUCUGGGAGUUGAAGUGGAUCCUGAUAUGUCUUGGACAAGUUCAUUAGCUACACCACCAACACUUAGUUCCACUGUGCUCAUAGCCCGAGAUGAAGAAGCACAUAGAACCGCAUUGCCUGCCGACUCUCCUGCUACUUUGAAAAGCUAUUUUUCUAAUCACAAUGAAAGUGUGAAACAGAAUGAUAGAUCUGUUCCUUCUGUGACCGACAAUGAAAACAAAAACCAGCAAGAAGCUUGUAGUCAGGGAUUGGGGAAAAUGUUAGGGGAUUCAUCUGACAAAAGAAAUAGCUUCAAAGACUGCCUUAGAAUACCAAUACCAAAUGUUCUAGAAGAUGGGGAGACAGCUGUAGAUACUUCAGAAGAAGAUAGUUUCUCAUUAUGCUUUCCUAAGCGUAGAACCAGAAAUCUACAGAAAAUGAGAAUGGGUAAGACCAGGAAGAAAAUUUUCAGUGAAACAAGAACUGAUGAAUUAAGUGAAGAAGCUAGAAGACAAGCUGAUGAUAAAGACUCAUUUGCACUUGAAAUUGAAGCAAGAGAUAGUGAGCCCUUAGAUCCAGGUGUAACAAACCAGAAGCCCUUUUACAGCCAGAGUGAGGAAAUCUGCAGUGAAGCUGUACAGUGUUCAGACAGUAGAUGGCCUCAGUCAAACCUCUCUGGUCUAAAUGGAACUCAGACAGGAAAAAUAUCCUUACUUCAUAUUUCUUCUCAUAACCAAAAUAUUUCAGAAGAAGACUUCAUAGAUAUGAAGAAAGAAGGUACUGGUUCUAUUACUCCAGAAAAUUCUUUUCCUCAUAUUUCUAGUCUUCCAGAACCAGAAAAGAUGUUCAGUGAGGAAACUCUGGUAGAUAAGGAACAUGAAGGACAGCAUCUUGAAUCACAUGAAGACUCCAUUGCAGGGAAGCAAAUGGUAUCUGGAACAAGUCAAGCAGCCUGUUUGUCUCCCAGUAUCAGGAAGUCUAUAUUCAAGAUGAGAAAGCCGCUUGAAGAGACUUUGGGGACUGUUUUCUCAGAUAGUAUGGCCAGCUCAACCUUUACAGAAGAACAUGAAGUCUCUACAAGUGGAUUGGGAAUACAUAUUGCAUGCUCACAGAAAGAAGAUUUUUUAUGUCCUAGUUCAGUUGACACUGGAAGCUGGCCAACCACUCUCACUGACACUUCUGCAACUGUGAAAAAUGCAAGUUUACUAUCCACUCUAAAAAAUAAAAGAAGAAAGUUUAUUUACUCUGUAAGUGAUGAUGCAUCUCAUCAAGGAAAAAAACUACAGUCACACAGACAGUCAGAGCUUACUAACCCUUCAGCCCAGCUAGAAGCAAGUGCUCUUGACUUACCAUUCACCUUAACAAAUGUGAAUUCAGGUGUAUCAGAUUCUUCUGUCAAAAAAAGCUAUUUACCAAAUGAUCCUGAAGAGCCAUCUUUUUCCUUGACCAACUCUUUUGGGACUGCUGCCAGUAAAGAAGUUAGUUAUAUUCAUGCAUUGAUAUCUCAGGAUCUUAAAGACAAAGAAGCAAUAGUCAGUGAAGAAAAACCACGGCCAUAUACAGCCCUAGAAACUGACUUUUUGUUAUGCUUGCCAGAAAGACCAUGUGAAAAUGAUCAAAAAAGUCCAAAAGUUUCCAAUGGAAAAGAAAAAGUCUUAGACUCAGCAUGUCUUCCUGCAGGAAGGCAUGCAGCAGCAGUGCAACUCAGUAGCAUUAGUUUUGAAUCACAGGAAAACUCUCUUGGUGGCCACAACAGAACAAGUACUGUCAAAUUAACUCCCAGCUCAAAGCCACCCCUGUCAAAGGCAGUCAUGGUUUCUAGAGGGAAAAUGUGUAAAAUGCCAGAGAAACUGCAAUGUGAGAGUUGUAAAGAUAAUAUUGAAGUAAGCAAAAACAUCCCAGGGGUGAAUGAAAUGUGUGUCUUAAGUGAAAAUUCUAAAAGCCCUGAGCUUCUGCCACCUGGAGAAUAUAUAAUAGAAGUGUCCUCUUCAGUGAAGUCACAGUUCAAUCAAAAUGCAAAACUAGCAGCCAUACAAAAGGACCAAAAAGGCUUACCUUUUAUUUCAGAAGUAACAGUCAAUAUGAAUUCUGAAGAACUUUUCCCAGACGAAAAUAAUUUUGCUUUUCAAGUAACCAAUGAAAGCAGUAAGCCUGAUUUAGGAAGUACUGUGGAACUCCAGGAAGACGACCUCAGCCAUGCAAAAGGGUCUAGUCUCAAGAACUCUCCCAUGGCAGUAUGUGGAAACUUAGAUGAUGAUGAGCAUGCAGCCCAAGUGUUGAUAACAAAGGACCCAGAUUCAUUAGCUGUGGUCCAUGAUUGUACAGAGAAGAGCAGAAAUAAUAUAGAGCAACAUCAGAAAGGAACCGUAGACAAAGAUUUCAAGUCAAAUUCCUCCUUGGAUAUGAAAUCAGACGAGAACAAUGAUUAUUCAGACAAAUGGUCGGGGUUCUUGGAUCCAAUCUUGAACCAUAAUUUUGGAGUUAGCUUCAAAACAGCUUCCAAUAAAGAAAUAAAACUUUCAGAGCAUAAUGUCAAGAAAAGCAAAAUGUUCUUCAAAGAUAUUGAAGAACAGUAUCCUACUAGUUUAGCUUGCAUUGAUGUUAAUACCCUUCCAUUAGCAAACCAGCAGAGACUAAAUGAACCUCAUACAUUUGAUUUGAAAUCAGCUACUACUGUAUCUACACAGUCUCAUAGUCAAUCAUCUGUUUUUCAUGAAGAUACUCACCCAAGACCUCAGAUGUUAUCUUCAAAGCAAGAUUUUCAUUCAAAUCAUAAUUUAACACCCAGCCAAAAAGCAGAAAUUACAGAACUGUCUACUAUCUUGGAAGAAUCAGGGAGUCAGUUUGAAUUCACACAGUUCAGAAAGCCAUGCCACAUAGCACAGAAUAAUACAUCUGAAGUGCCUGGAAACCAGAUGGUUGCUGUAAGUACUGCUUCUAAGGAGUGGAAAGAAGUUGAUCUUCAUCUCCCAAUGGAUCCCUCCUCUGUAGGUCAGACAGAUCACAGGAAGCAAUUUGAAGUUUUGGCUGAAGUUAAACAAAGCUUUCCUCACCUAUUAGAAGAUACUUGUAACAAAAAUACAUCUUGUUUUUUACCAAAUAUAAAUGAAAUGAAGUUUGGAGGAUUUUGUUCUGCUCUUGGCACAAAACUUAGUGUGUCUAAUGAGGCUCUGAGAAAAGCUAUGAAACUGUUUAGUGACAUUGAAAAUAUUAGUAAGGAGCCUUCAGCAAAAGUAGGACCAAGAGGAUUCUGUUCAAGUGCACAUCAUGAUUCUGUUGCUUCAGUGUUAAAGAAACAAAACACUGAUAAAAGUUUUGAUGAGAAAUCUAGUAAGUGCCAAGUAACAUUACAAAAUAAUAUUGAAAUGACUACCUGUAUUUUUGUUGACAAAAGUCCUGAAAAAUAUACAAAGAAAAUAAAACAUGAAGAUAACUAUACUAGCUCUCAAAGAAAUACUUAUAAAUUAGAAAGCUCUGAUGGUAGUAAAUCAAGUACAAGUGGACCAGUUUAUAUUCAUAAAGAUGACAGUGAUUUACUUUGUGUUGCUGAUCAAGGCAAUAAGUAUCCUGAGUCAUGUACCCAAAAUGUGAGGGAGGAAAACACACAAAUUAAGGAAAAUAUAUCAGAUUUAACAUGUUUGGAAGUCAUGAAAACUGAGGAAACAUGUCAUAUGAAAUCUUCAGAUAAAGAACAAUUAUCUUCAGAUAAGAUGAAACAAAAUUUAAAAGAGUUUAAUAUAUCCUUUCAGACUGCAAGCGGGAAAAAUAUCAGAGUCUCCAAAGAGUCAUUAAAUAAAAGUAUGAAUAUUUUAAAUCAAGAAACAGAAGAAUUGACUGUCAUUUCAGAUUCUUUGAAUUCUAAAAUUCUUUGUGGCAUAAAUAAGGACAAAAUGCAUACUUCAUGUCACAAGAAAGCAAUCAGUAUUAAAAAGGUAUUUGAAGAACAUUUCCCAACUGCAACUGUCAGUCAAUUACCAGGUCUUCAGCAACAUCCUGAAUAUGAAAUAGAAAAUAUCAAAGAACCUACUCUGUUGAGUUUUCAUACAGCUAGUGGGAAAAAAGUCAAAAUUAUGCAGGAAUCUUUGGACAAAGUGAAAAACCUUUUUGAUGAGACACAAUAUGUUAGGAAAACUGCCAGUUUUAGUCAUCAAGGAUCAAAACCCCUGAAGGACAGAGAGGACUAUAAAGAAAAACUUACAUUAGCAUAUGAGAAAAUUGAAGUAACUGCCUCAAAAUGUGAAGAAAUGCAGAACUUUGUCUCUAAGGAGACUGAAAUGCUCCCCCAGCAAAAUUAUCAUAUGUAUAGACAAACUGAAAAUCUCAAAACAUCAAAUGGUACCUCUUCCAAAGUACAUGAAAACGUAGAAAAUAGAAUAGAAAAGAAUCCAAGAAUUUGCUGUAUUUGUCAGUCCUCUUACCCUGUCUCUGAAGAUUCUGCUUUGGCAUGUUAUACAGGGGACAGUAGUAAAAGUUGUGUCAGAGCGUCUUCUCUAUCCAAAGGCAGAAAAUGGCUUAGAGAACAGGGUGAUAACCUUGGAACAAGAAAUACUAUCAAAAUUGAAUGUGUAAAGGAACACACAGAAGAUUUUGCAGGAAAUGCCUCAUAUGAACGUAGUUUAGUCAUUAUCAGAACUGAAAUUGACAAAGAUCAUGUCCUUGAAAACCAAGCUUCAACCCUCUUUAGUGACCCUAGUGUGUGUCACAGCUAUCUAUCCUAUUCUAGAUUUUGUCAUCGUGAUGACAUGCAUAAUGAUUCAGGAUAUUUCUUAAAAAAUAAAAUUGAUUCUGAUGGUCGGCCAGACAUGAAGAAUGCUGAAGGCAAUGCCAUUUUCCCCAGAGUAUCUGCUACAAAAGAAAUAAAUCUACACCCACAAACUAUAAAUGAGCAUUGUGUUCAGAAACUGGAGACUAAUGCUUCACCAUAUGCAAAUAAAAAUGUAGACAUUGACUCAACCAUGCUGGAUUCAAGGAAUUGUAAGGUAGGCUCACCCAUGUUCAUUAAAGCUCAUUCACAAGAAACUGUAAGAACAAAAGAGAUAUUCACAGAUAACUGUAAUAAAAUAAUUGAGCAAAACAGAGAGAGUAAACCAGACACUUGCCAGACAAGCUGUCAUAAAGUAUUGGAUGAUUCAGAGGAUUUUAUAUGUCCUAGCUCUUCAGGCGAUGUCUGCAUGAACUCAUAUAAGGCUAUUUUUUGUCCUCAGAAUGAACAGAUUUUACAACAUAACCAAAGUGUGUCUGUACUGAAGAAAGCUGCAACACCACCUGUUAGUUUGGAAACUUGGGAUACAUGUGAAUCUAUAAGAGAAUCUCCCCAGGCAGUCCAUCCUUCACGCACUUUUGGGAUUUUUAGCACAGCAAGUGGAAAAGCUGUACAAGUAUCAGAUACUUCAUUAGAAAAGGCAAGGCAAGUGUUUUCUGAGAUGGAUGGUGAUACUAAACAGUUAUCUGCCAUGGUGUCACUGGAAGGUAAUGAAAAAUCACAGCACUCUGUGAAAAGAGAAAACACUAUGGUGCAUAACACUCAGGGUGUAUUGUCACUCCCCAAAACCCUCCCAGGCAAUGUCAGGUCCUCUGUAUUCUCUGGAUUUAGCACCGCAGGUGGAAAACUGGUCACAGUUUCAGAAAAUGCCUUACACAAAGUUAAAGGAAUGUUAGAGGAGUUUGAUUUGAUCAGAAAUGAACAUAUCCUCCAGCAUUCACCUACACUGGAAGAUUUAUCAAAAAUACUUCCUCAACCUUGUAUUGAAAACAGAACCCCAGAAUACCCUGUAAACUCUAGAUUGCAGAAAACCUACAAUGAUAAAUCCAGCUUACCAAGUAAUUAUAAAGAAAGUGGUUCUUUAGGCAAUACUCAAUCUAUUGAUGUUUCUUCCCAACUCUCUCAGAUGGGGAGAAACCAAGACACACAAUUGGUAUUAGGAACAAAAGUAUCCCAUAGUAAGGCUAAUCUUUUGGAAAAAGAACAAACCUUACCCCAAAACAGAAAAGUAGAAACUGAUGAAAUGAAAACAUUUUCUGAUGUUCCUGUGAAAACAAGUGUAGGAGAGUAUUACUCCAAAGAGCCAGAGAACUAUUUUGAAACAGAAGCAGUGGAGAGUGCCAAAGCUUUUAUGGAAGAUGAGCUGACAGAUUCUGAACAGACUCAUACCGAAUGCUCACUGUUUACACGCCCCCAAAAUGAAGCUUUGUUCAAUUCAAGAACUAGGAAAAGAGGAGGCUUGGCUGUUGACGUAAUUGGACAACCCCCAAUCAAAAGAAGCUUAUUAAAUGAAUUUGACAGGAUAAUAGAAAGUAAAGGAAAAUCCUUAACACCUUCAAAAAGCACUCCAGAUGGCACAAUAAAAGACAGAAGAUUAUUCACACACCACCUGUCUCUAGAGCCAGUUACCUGUGGACCCUUCUGCUCAAGUAAAGAAAGGCAAGGAACCCAGAGCCCACAUUUUACCUCACCUGCUCAAGGGCUUCUGUCUAAAGGACAUCCUUCGAGACACUCAGCUUUGGAAAAGUCUCCAAGCAGUCCUACAGUUUCAGUCCUACUGGCUCACGAAGUUCCUGCCACAAGAACCGAAAGGACCAGACACUCAGUCACUGGCAAAUCUACCAAAGUCUUUGUCCCACCUUUCAAGAUGAAAUCACAGUUUCACGGAGAUAAAUAUUUUAAUAGCAAGAACGUUAAUUUGGAGGGAAAGAACCAAAAGAGCACAGAUGGAGACAGGGAAGACGGGAAAGACAGUGACGUUCAUCGGUCUAACAAAGAUUCAAUAUCAAGCCUUCAAAAUGCCAGAGACCUACAGGAUAUACGAAUUAAAAGCAAAGAAAGGCAUCAUCUCUGUCCGCAGCCAGGCAGUCUCUAUCUUACAAAGUCAUCCACCCUGCCCAGGAUCUCUCUGCAGGCCGCAGUCAGAGGCAGCGUUCCUUCUGCGUGUUCUCCCAAGCAGCUCUAUAUGUAUGGUGUUUCUAAAGAGUGCAUAAACAUUAACAGCAAAAAUGCUGAGUAUUUUCAGUUUGACAUUCGGGAUCAUUUUGGUAAAGAAGAUCUGUGUGCUGGCAAAGGCUUUCAGUUGGCAGACGGUGGAUGGCUGAUCCCCUCCCAUGAUGGCAAGGCUGGAAAAGAAGAAUUUUAUAGGGCUCUGUGUGACACUCCAGGUGUGGAUCCAAAGCUUAUUUCUAGCAUCUGGGUCGCUAACCACUACAGGUGGAUUGUAUGGAAACUGGCAGCUAUGGAAUUUGCUUUUCCUAAGGAAUUUGCUAAUAGAUGCUUAAACCCAGAAAGAGUUCUGCUUCAACUGAAAUACAGAUACGACGUGGAAAUUGACAACAGCAGCAGAUCAGCUCUAAAGAAGAUACUGGAAAGGGACGAUACAGCUGCAAAAACACUUGUCCUCUGUGUUUCUGACAUCAUUUCACCAAGCACAAAUGUGUCUAAAACUUCAGGUGGUAAAAUUAGUGGUGAGGAUGCCAACAAAGUAGACACAAUUGAACUCACAGAUGGAUGGUAUGCUGUCAGGGCCCAGCUAGACCCUCCACUCCUGGCUCUUAUAAAGAGUGGCAGACUGACUGUGGGUCAGAAGAUCAUUACACAGGGAGCAGAGCUGGUAGGCUCUCCUGAUGCCUGUGCACCUCUAGAAGCCCCAGACUCCCUUAGGCUAAAGAUUUCUGCAAACAGCACGCGGCCUGCUCGCUGGCACAGCAAGCUGGGGUUCUUUUGUGACCCCAGGCCCUUCCCUCUGCCUUUGUCCUCACUAUUCAGUGACGGAGGAAAUGUUUGCUGUGUGGACAUCAUUGUUCAGAGAGUGUACCCUUUACAGUGGGUGGAGAAGACGGCGUCUGGAUUGUAUAUAUUUCGUAGUGAGAGAGAAGAGGAGAAGGAAGCACUGAGAUUUGCAGAGACCCAGCAGAAGAAACUAGAGGCCUUGUUCAUCAAAGUUCACACAGAGUUUAAAGACCACGAAGAAGACACAACACAGCGGUGUGUGCUGUCCCGUGCACUCACACGGCAGCAGGUCCAUGCUCUGCAGGAUGGGGCAGAGCUCUAUGCAGCAGUGCAGGAUGCAUCAGACCCAGAUCACCUGGAGGCUUGUUUCAGCGAAGAGCAGCUAAGAACCUUGAACAACUACAAACAAAUGCUGAACGAUAAGAAACAAGCACGGAUCCAGUCAGAAUUCCAGAAGGCCCUGGAGUCUGCUGAGAAAGAAGAGGGCUUAUCAAGGGAUGUUACAACUGUGUGGAAGCUGCGAGUUACAAGUUACAAGAAAAAAGAAAAAUCAGCUCUGUUGAGUAUCUGGCGUCCAUCAUCAGACUUAUCCUCCCUGUUAAUAGAAGGAAAGAGAUACAGAAUCUAUCAUCUUGCGGUGUCAAAAUCGAAGAGUAAAUUUGAACAACCCAGCAUCCAGUUAACAGCCACAAAAAGAACCCAGUAUCAACAGCUGCCGGCUUCCAGUGAGGCUUUACUCCAGGUUUACCAGCCCAGGGAGCCCCUUCACUUCAGCAGACUGUCAGAUCCAGCCUUUCAGCCUCCUUGUUCUGAAGUCGAUGUUGUAGGAGUUGUAGUUUCUGUUUUAAAACCAAUAGGUCUUGCUCCUUUGGUCUACCUGUCAGACGAAUGCCUUAAUUUAUUAGUGGUGAAAUUUGGGAUAGACCUUAAUGAAGACAUAAAGCCACGUGUGCUAAUUGCUGCGAGCAACCUCCAGUGCCAGCCGGAAUCCACAUCAGGAGUGCCGACUUUAUUUGCUGGGAAUCUUUCCAUAUUUUCUGCCAGUCCAAAGGAGGUCUACUUUCAGGAGAGAGUCAACAAAAUGAAGCAUGCUAUUGAGAAUAUUGAGACAUUUUACAAGGAGGCAGAAAAGAAGCUUAUACAUGUGCUUAAGGGAGACAGUCCCAAGUGGUCCACCCCGAACAAGGACCCUACCCGAGAGCCUCACACAGCCUCCACUUGCUCUGCUUCACAUCUCCUUGGUGCAGGAGGUCAGUUACUGAGGAUUUCACCUACUGGUCAGCAAAAUUAUCAAAGUCCUUUAUCACCUUGCACACCGAAAGGGAAGUCCACGCCCCUGGCUCACUCAUCCCAGAAGGCAGCAAAGUCUUGUAGUGGGGAGAACAAGAUCAAUGACCCCAAAACCUGUCGAAAAAGAAGAGCCUUGGAUUUCCUAAGUCGACUGCCCUUACCUCCCCCCGUCAGUCCCAUCUGUACCUUUGUCUCUCCAGCUGCACAGAAGGCUUUUCAGCCGCCACGGAGCUGUGGCACCAAAUGUGCAACACCUAUAAAAAAAGAACCCAGUUCCCCUCGGAGGAGGACGCCAUUUCAGAAGGCCAGUGGUGUGUCUCUUCUGGACUGUGAUUCAGUAGCUGAUGAAGAACUUGCCUUGCUCAGUACCCAAGCCCUUGUGCCUGACUCAGUGGGACGUGAACAUGUGUUUCCUAGUGAUUCUACAAGGACUGCCAUGCUCCAAGGGCAGAAGAACCCCCAGCCAGCACAAAGGCCAGACCAGCAUGUAGGGCCCAGAUCUAGGAAGGAGUCUCUCAGGGAUUGUAGAGACGACAGUGGUGAGAAUUUAGCUGUUGAGUCUUAGGCUCCCAGUUUGUAAGAUGUGUACAGUUCUCGACUACUGUAGAGUUGUUCAUGUGACAAGACAGGAGUAACUGCACACUUACUGACGCGUGUGUUUACUAUUCAGAUGCUCUACCUGGUUCUAUGUUGGUGUAACUAAAGCUGGUUGUACAUUAAUUUAAAAAGCUUUAGGAUUAGACUUGAUCACUGCAAGUAUCAUUUUACAUACAAAAUAAACACAGCUUUGCUUUUACUUUGGA